CACCUGACCGGAGCCUGGAGCCGGAAGCUACCUAUCCGGUAGACAGCUCCCCCUGCACCUACGGCUGCCAUGACUUCCGCACUGACCCAAGGGCUGGAACGAAUCCCAGACCAGCUUGGCUACCUGGUGCUGAGCGAAGGUGCAGUGCUAGCGUCAUCUGGGGAUCUUGAGAACGAUGAGCAGGCAGCCAGCGCCAUCUCAGAACUGGUCAGCACAGCCUGUGGCUUCCGGCUGCACCAUGGCACGAACAUCCCUUUCAAGCGCCUGUCUGUGGUCUUUGGUGAACACACGCUGCUGGUGACUGUGUCAGGACAGAGGGUGUUUGUGGUCAAGAGGCAGAACCGAGGUCGGGAGCCUAUUGAUGUCUGAGCUAUAAAAGGCACUGGCUGGAGAAGAGGACUGCCUCUGGGGCCUAUGGCGGGGGGACAUCAUCUUCUACUGUGCUUGUUGGAGCUGGGCUUGUGCUUACCAUCUCCUUCCUGACCCCCACCUGAGGCACAAAGGCUUGGCAACUUGUGUGCUAAGGAAAAAGGGAAACUAUGACUAGGGGGAUCCCCUUUCUUCCCUUCUGCAUAAUAAACUCUAGUCCAACCCUUCCAGGGCUC